AUGAUCGCCGCAGGCGAAGUUGUCGAACGCCCCGUGUCGGUUGUCAAGGAGCUUCUGGAAAACUCCAUUGACUCCGGCGCCUCUCAGAUUACGGUUGAGGUCAAGUCCGGCGGCACCGAACUAGUCCGGGUCGUGGACAACGGCCAAGGCAUACCCGCCGACGAAGUUCCCAUCGCCUUCUACCGGCACGCGACCAGCAAGCUGGCCGAUACAGAUUCUCUGGACCGCGUGGCGACAAUGGGGUUUCGCGGUGAGGCGCUCCCCAGUAUUGCCGCAGUAUCCCGAAUAGUCAUCCAAACACGUCCCCAUGACGAAACAGCUGGCUUUCGCAUGGCCUUGAAUUGGGGCGAGGCUGUGGAGUCAGGUAGCGAGGGCUGCGCCGCAGGUACCGCGGUCGAGGUAUCCGAUCUGUUCGGCAACCAGCCGGCACGCCGAAAAUUCCUCCGGUCGCCCCAAGCAGAAACAGCCCGGGUGCAGGAGCUGGUCAGCCGGUAUUCUCUCGCCUUCCCAGAGAUCCGCUUUCGUCUCGAAAAUGAUGGGCGUGCAUCCCUUACCACACCCGGCAACGGGCAGCCUCGAGAGGCUCUGCUGGCGGUCUACGGGUCGCAGGUUACCAAGGACAUGCUGGAGGUCCAUGUGGAGGACCCGGAGACGGGUUACUCGGUGGAAGGGUUCGCUGGCGCCCCCAGCGUAAGCCGCGCAAACCGUACCUACCUGACAUUCUUCGUCAACCGCCGCCUGAUACAAAGUCGAAUGUUGUCCUUUGCCGUCGAGGAGGCCUACACCGGCCUGCUCCAAGUCAAGCGAUACCCAGUGGCGGCCAUCAAUGUGGUAUUGCCCUACGCUGACGUGGAUGUCAACUCGCAUCCGGCAAAGCGCGAGGUCCGAUUCCAUCAGGAAAAUCGCGUGUUCUCACUGGCCCAGAGAGCGGUUCGCGCCGCGUUGAUGACAGACUCGCCGGUACCCGCUGCUUCGUCCGCUCCAAGCCCGCACCAGUCGUUUCGACCCUUCGCGGGCCCAGGCCGUGGGUCUUCGUCCUCGGGGGCUAUGAAUGCCCGGUUUGAUGCUGACCAUCCUCCAAGACAACUACCGGGAGAAGCGUCCGGUGGAGAGGCGCUGUCGCUAUUGGGGCGUCCCCAAAUACCUCUGAAGGUUGUCGGUCAACUGCAGCUCACCUACAUCGUGGCCGAGGGACCCGAGGGAAUGUAUCUGGUUGACCAGCAUGCCGCCCACGAACGGACGCUGUUCGACAGGAUUUGCGCCGAGAGGAACCAGAGAGGCCCGGCCACGCAGCCGCUGCUGUCUCCUGUGAACGUGGAACUCACGCCGUCUCACGCCAGCACGCUUCAGGACAACCUGGAGGAAAUCACCGAAUAUGGGUUCCAGGUAGAGCCGUUUGGAGAUCGCAGCUACCUGCUGCGGGCCGUGCCGUCUGUUCUGUCCACACAAGACCCGGCAAAGACCCUAAUCGACAUUCUCGACAUGGCUACGCUGGAAGGCCUCACUCGCCAGAAAGAGAACGUGAUGGCCGCGUCGAUCGCCUGCCAUGCGGCGAUCCGGGCUGGCCAAUCUCUCAGCGAGGCUGAGAUGCGUGCCCUGUUGGAACAGCUGGAGGCGACUCCAAACCCCCAUACCUGUCCGCACGGUCGCCCGACCAUGGUGCAUUACAGCUCCUACCACGUUGAGCGGGGGUUUGGCCGGCGCUAG